AUGUUUGAGCCGAAGACUGUUCAUGAAAUGAUCACGCCGAUGUUAAUGGCGAACGCCAUCGUCGGCAUGGGAAUUUGGUCCUCCAAUCGAGGCAAAUUUCUAAACAUUGCAUACUCGUUGAUCUGUCUGGUGACGUAUUGCGUCGUGAUGAAGCUGUCGAUGGACAGCCUGGGAAGUCAUUAUUUGCCCAAAGUGACUUCACUCGGAAAUUAUACAUUUUAUGGGAUCUUCUAUGCCAACAUCUGCCUGACGCUCUGUCUUAUUCCUUGCGGCUGGUUGAGGAAAAAGUACAUGAAGGCAGCAAUAAUGCGCAUAGCGAUGUGCGAAAAAUCUUUGGAACAAAUGGGAUUGGAGAAGAACUAUCGGAGAUUGUAUCGGAAUCAGAUUAUUGCUCUCAUAUUCGUCGCAGUGAUAUUCAUCGUAUUUAUAGUGGUCAAUUAUGAUGGGAUGUUCGUGGAGGGUACACCUUUGCAUGUCAAAAUUAUCAUUACGUUUGCCUUUAAUUAUCCCGUCGGCUUGCUCUACGUGAGUGACGUAUCGUUCUUACACUGGGUCAGCUACGCGAAGAUUCGGUUCACUCAACUGAACAAUCUGCUGAGACUCAUGUUAACGACUACGCCAGAUUCGCCACAGCACAAAAGGGUACUGAAAAUGAAGGACGAGUGGGACAAGUCCUUUGUCGCAUCCACGCAGGAGGAUUCUAAGUCUAAGGAUAAUACCGAUACGAUGAGGGCCGUUAAGCAAGUUCAUUUGGAAUUAAUCAAGUCUACCAGGUGUACGAAUGAUGCGUUCGGCAUACAGAUCCUCUUUUCUAUGACGGUGUCGUUCGUAUUCAUCACUAGUCUUCUGUACUACGCUUACAAGAUUUUCUGGCAAGGAAGCUAUUCUAAAGAGGAAUACAAGAAGGAAAUAAUACCGGUCAUUAGCUGGAUUCUGUUCUACUCAUCGAAGGUCCUCGUCAUAAAUCAUAUGUGCGCAAUGGCGAGCGUUGAGGCUGCGAACACAGGUGAUAUAAUCUGCGAAUUGUACGAGCCAACGACCAGCAAAGAAUUUCGUGCGGAGAUACGAGAUUUCACUCUGCAAUUGAUACAGAAUCCGUUGACAUUCACAGCGUGUGGCUUCUUCAAUCUGGAUCACACGUUUAUUCAUGGGGUCAUUGGCUCGGUCACCACGUACCUCGUGAUUCUCAUCCAAGUUGGAGAUUUACCUACAGGAAAUGAUAAACCACCGAAUACUACCAUACAACCAUUCGACGAGUCGAAUAUUACUAUGACCGAUGCAUUUACAACCAUUACUUCUCCGUAAAAGCAAAUUUCGCACAUUUUUCAUUUCUCAUUGUUUUAUACAAAUUUAAGAAAUUGAAGAUUUGACGAAG